AUGCAACUGCUUACUCACCAUGUUCGUAGCUUCUUGUCAAAAGUCAUCGCCAACAAUGUGCGCUCCGGCUCCACUCAACACAAUCUGACCACCUCAUACCAUCCUCAAACCAAUGAAUUCACGGGGCGCUUCAACCGCGCCCUCACAGAUAUGCUGUCCAUGCACGUUUCGAAGAACCACCAUAAACUACAAUGGGACAUUGUCACCGGGUCCAGAGACUGCAAGGAGCGCCUGAAGCAGUUCAAGGAGCUUCGCGGGCCGGCCUAUGGCGGGCGGCAAAGCCGCCAAAAGAGCCGGAGCGGGCAGCAGCAGCAGCAGCAUCGGAAGAGAUGGCUCAGCUCAGAGGGCGACCAUAGCCAAUCCUGGAACCAGAGCCAGGAGCGGAGGGGGAGUUCGCGGAGCCGUUCACGGAACCGUUCACGAAGCCGAUCACGGACCAACGCUCCCCAGUCGUCCCAAGGCAUCAAGGGAGGCAAGCAACAGCCGCAGCAGCAGCGGCACCAGAAGAAGCAGAAGCCCAACAACAUGAACAACGGCAAGAAGAAGGGCAAAUUCACGCACCUUUUCCACGGUGUGAGCAGGUUGGCUAAAAACAACACGCUCGUAAUCGUUGGAGACUUCAACGCCAAGGAUCCUAGCUGGGGAUACAAGACCACCGAUAAAAAGGGUACGACAGUCAAGGAGGCGGCUGACAACAUAAACUGCCAACUCUUAACGGACCCAGAGGUCCCCACCAGGAUGGGAAACAGCGUCCAGGAGGACACCAGCCCUGACCUCACCUUCUGGGUAUCAGCCACACGUUCAGAAGAAGAGAAAAAGGAAGAGAACCGGUUGGUCUUCUGGUUGUCCGCUGUGUUGCUCGGCCCAAGUCCACGUACUUCAGCACUGGACUGCCCUUCUUCGGAACGCCUGUCAACUCGGCAAAGGUGCCCCCCGAGUCGGGACGAGUCCGCAUGGAUGCCCAUAUCCGUCAGCCUUCACUGUGCUUCCAGAAACGCUCGAGGAAACAUCGGUGGCUUAGAGCAAGAACCGGCGGUGCCACCCUUUGUUGCGUUCAGCGCCGCUUGCCUGGCCUCGGGUGUCCUCUUUGUGGUCGUCUUCGUGCUUCAAGGAAAGGCCACACUCGAGACGACAACAUUAAAUAUCACCGAUUGGCCGACGCAACUUCAAUCUUCCCACGCCGACGAUGAAAACAUUGCGGAGACAACGCCCUUGGAAAUAAAGGUUCCGUUCGAAGAUAUCGAAUGUGACAACGACGACUGCACCGCUCUGUCUACAUGGCUGAGCCAAUGGAUUCGAAGAGACGCCGACCCGUGCAACGAUUUCUACGAAUACGUGUGCGGCAACAUGCUGGGACGUCCGUUGCUCAGUGAUAUAGCACUUGAUAAAAAGACCACUGUAUACUUGUUGGACUGGAACCCUUUCGAAGAUCCUGAGUACGGCGCCACUUAUUUUUCUGACAUACUCAAGGAGUACACGCAUCUUGAAAAACAUAAGGUAGCCACUGUGGCCAGCGAGCUCCAGACAGCGAUGGGCGAAGCUCAUCGAUUCAUCUUGCCACUGAACUCUCGCUCCGCCGAACCAGGCAGGAGACGUUUGAUGACGCUAUCAGAAAUUUUCCAACGAAAGAAUGGAUGCAUGUCAAAAGAUAAGUGGGAAUUUGCUCUUUGGGACCGCCUCGAUUUGAAAGGAGAGAAGCAAGACUAUCUCUACCUGGUUGACCUCCACGCCUUGGAUGUCAUUUGUUAUCUCCAAAGUGAUACCUCGAACCCAGGAAGAGCGAUGAAACUAUUCGCCUGGUUUGCCCUCUUAUAUCUGGUCUUCCCGUCUCGCUAUGCCGAUAUAUGGCGAAUAGGGAAAUUCACGCCAAUAUCCACGCCUUCCAUCCCAGAGGAGAUCUGCGCACGUGCUGCUCUCAGUGGACGCUUGGGCGUAGCAGCGAGAAUGAUGCUGUACCAAUCGAGAGUGUCAUCAGAAUCCUUGGCUGCAGCGGAUCAGAUACGACAGAGUGUUUUCUCCACGCUCGUGUCUCACCUCGCCAGUGGUUCCUCGAUUGUCAAGAGUGCUGAGGAAGCUGUUAGCGCUAUCAUCGUGACCAUGGGCUUUCCGGAUGAAACGGUCAAGUACAUUAACGAACAUUUGCGCCAAUUCAAGUUCAACUUCGAUGCCAAUGGAUACCUGGCGUCUUUGGCAGCCGUGUGGAGUGUGAAGUGGUGGCCAUUACUGUGGCUCGAUUAUGAUGCGGCAGCCCGGAUGACCGAAUCGGGAGCGACAAACGCCCUGUACGACGGCCCUCGACGUCACAUCUACCUCCCUCCCGGCCUGCUCUCUUCGCCAUUGCUUUACGCCAAAGGAUCGCCAGCCUACAAUUACGGAAUCUUUGGAAAUAUACUAGCUACGGAGCUACUGGGUCUCCUGUAUAUAUACAACAACGGGACUAUGAAGAGCGCCACGGAUCCAUACAGCAAGACGUGGAACCAACAAGCCAGGCAUCACUUCGAGUCAAUAACUCGCUGCCUUCUUCAUCAGGAAAAAGAGCAUGCACCUUUCAGUCGGCAUUUGUGGACACGAGAGGCCCCGAAGGUCUCCCUGAUAAACCACAUCGCCACGUGGCUGUCGUACAAGGCCUAUCAAAGCAGCGCUGCAUCGGCGAAGCACAGGUGGACACCCAUGGGUCUGCAAUUGACUUCGGAGCAACUUUUCUUUGUGUCUCACUGUGUGCCUUGGUGUUCGGACAAAAAGGAAGACCUCGCGGCGCGCCAGCGGUGCGUACAGCCUCUGCUGAACAUGCCAGAGUUUGCCGAGGCCUUCAGAUGCGGUUCCAACGACAGGAUGUUCAGCAGCUCUAAGUGUCCGUUUCUCUAGCGGCUCUCUGGACAAGCUGCGCCAAUGGCGAUCACUGGCGCAUCGCACUUCCAAUUUAUACUAGAGGCACCAUCGCCAUCGGCCUUAUAGAGGCACUGCGGCAGAGACUUCUGGUCGUUUCGAAGAUGUAAAUAUAUUUCAGAGCUGGUAUGAUCUAGAAUUUUUGCACUACGUUAUCAUAUUACCUUACAAAAUUAUGUUGCCUUUGCGCCAGCUGUACAACAGCUAUGCUAAUGCUACGCAGUUGUUCUAGCGUGUCGUGGAACAUUUGUUUACUCUUACAAACAAUCAUUCCUGCUCAUUUCACCAACAUGGUAGUAGUAAAUACAUCAUAUUUAUUUACCCAAUGAACAUAUUUAGAACUAUGGCACCCAAUAAAACUUGUUUCCCAACAAGAUAAGCAUUAGCCUUUUCUUAGUCUUAUGCUACAAAAAAGUAUUUGUUCUCGCACCAAUAAUUACAAUACGAAGGAUUACUGCAUGGAGCCAACAAUAACCUCUAGCUGACCACGAGUGCCCUGUCACUAUUAACAAUUUUUUUUUCAUCAGUAUUUACGACGGAGGAUCAGUCCACUGUACCCGAUCCCGACCACCCUUACAUGGAACCUAUUAACAUCACCGUCGAAUGUAGUUCUCGUCUAAUUGCGAACCUUAAAUUAUCUACAUCUGCCGGUAUUGAUGACAUUAGCUCCAAAAUACUAAAAAUCGCUGUCUCCGUUUCCAGACAAAUAUUAUUUCACAUAUUCCGACAAUCAUUAUCAUCCGGACGCCUCCCUUCUGAUUGGAAAAUUUCUAAGGUAGUGUCUGAAUUUAAGGCGGGAGAUAGAAAUUUGCCUGCUAACUACCGUCCUAUCUCCUUAACUUGCAUUUCUUGUAAAUUACAUGAACAUAUCAUCGCUUCUCAUGUCUACAGCCACCUUGAGUCCAUUAAUUUUUUUUUUUCGCUAACCAACAUGGCUUCAGGAAAGGGUUUUCAUGCGAUUCACAGCUAUUUGAACUUACAGCCGACCUACAUUUUAGCAUGAAUAACAACAAAUAAUCCGAUUGUAUUUUUCUUGAUUACUCAAAAGCCUUUGACGAUAACGCUCAUUGCGGUCUAAUCUCGAAAUAAUUUUCACUCCGGCUAGAUUCGGUAACUCUUUCUUGGCUACGGAAUUUUUUGUCACUUCGCCAGCAGUUCACAGUUGUUAGCAGUUCGUAUUCACUUCCUUGCUAUGUCAGUUCCGGUGUUCCACAAGGCAGCGUUUUAGGAGCCUUACUAUUUCUAAUAUACAUCAACGACCUGCCUACUAACAUAUCUUCUUCCAUCCGUCUUUUUGCUGAGGAUUGCAGAAUUUACCGUACCAUUAAAAAAAUCGACGACAACAUCGCACUUCAAUAUGACCUCAAAGAUGUUUCUGAUUGGUGUAGUACUUGGCAAAUGCAUCUUAACGAAUCUAAAUAUAGCGUUAUCACUUUUCGCCUUAAGCAUGUCAAUUCUAAUUUCACCUACUUCCUUAACUACUCUCAGGUCUCGGAAUCAUCUUGAUAUAAAUAUCUCUGAGUUCAGCUUGCUUCUAAGCUCACGAACUUUGGGGUAUUUACGAAGAAACCUAAAACACGCCCCAACCAGCAUCCGGAAGCUUGCAUAUGCAACAUUUGUCCGGCCUCAACUAGAAUUUGCAAGCCCUGUGUGGUCGCCUCAUCAAAUAUAUCUAAUCAAUAUGCUCCAAGCCCUACAAAACAGAGCAGCACGUUUUAUUUCUUGCGAUUAUAACUAUUCUCAUAGCGUAACUGAGAAUAAAUAAAAUCAUUACAUCAUGUCAUUUGAAACUCGCCAUUGCAUCGCACUUCUCUGUUUGUUCCACAAAUACGUUCAUGGAAAUAGGCUGUCUCCGCUACCCCUCGAAAGGCCUUUGCGCAUGU